GCGGUGCCCCCUCCUAUGAUAGGUCAUGAGCCAAAGUAAACCCUUCAUUUUUAACUGCCGAACCAUCUCUCCGGCACCCUGCCAUCGUUCUAGCAAUCGGCACCACGCCUAGCACGAUCCACUAGAUGACAAUGUGUCUGUCCGUCCUUAGGUUUUUGAAUCCUGUGCCUGAGGAACACCCUAGGACGCUGAAACGGAGAAGUCAAAGCCUGCCUUGGAAGCCCCGCCUCCUCCCGAGGAGAUGCAGGGCCUUGGGCCUGAGCAGGCACAGGGACUGCUACCUCGGGACGGCAGGGCCUGGGAGAAGCCAUGCCAACCCACCUUCCCCAAGGACUGGGAGGCUGUGGAUGUCGGGGCCUCGAGCUGCGACAGCGAUGAGAAAGAUGUGUCUUCUCAAGACACUGGGCUGUCUCAGGACUGGAGUUCAGUAGACGAAGACGAUGAGUCAGAGGACUCCCAGGGCUUUAUGGAGUGGUCCAGAGCUCCACAGCAAACAACCAUUGUGUUGGUAGUAUGUGUGCUGUUCUUAUUCUUGGUUUUAACUGGGAUGCCCAUGAUGCUCCACAUUUAACUAUCACAGUAGCUGCUGUAUGGAAAUGUAAGCCUGGUGUCACUUAAGGAACUGUCCUAGCUCGAAACCAGGAAUGGGUAUGGAACAUUAUGAAAUACCUUUCAAACAUCCAUUGAGAUGAGUUUAGUAUGAUCUUUAAUUUAUUUUAAAGAUUUAUUUUUAAUUAUGUAUAUGUCUCUGUGUGUAUAUAUGUGCUUUGUGAGUGCAGUUCCCACAGAUGCCAGCAGAGGGAGUCUGAGCUCCUGCAGCUGGAGUUGUAGGCAGUUGUGAGCUGCCUGGUAUGGGUGCUGGGAGCAGAACUCUGGUUCUCUGCAAGAGCAGUAAGCACCCUGAACUGCUGACCUGUCACUCCAGCUUCAUGAGUUUUUUCUUUCUUUCUUUCUUUUUUUUAAAUAACCCUUUUAGUAUGAGGUUUUUGUCAUGACCAAGAUUCAUUUCAAUGAAUACAUCAUUGAUUGUAAAAAACACAUAUUAUUUUGUAUACUACUGAGAAAUUUUGUUUACUGCUGAGAAAGAAAAAUGUGAAUUGAUUAUAAGACAUUAUGAAUUGGAAGACACUUCUUCAGAGAAGGUGAAAAAUGUGCAACUUAAGGUCAAUGAUGAAUCAUCUUCUGUCUUUAAAAAAAUAUUAUAUUACAAUUUAACAUUUUGCUUGCAUGUGUGUGUCUAUAUAUUGAGUAUGUGC